GAUGUAUGUAAAGAAAAAAAAAACUUUAGGUAGAAUUUAGAGAUUACUGAGCACUCUCUAAUAUAAGAUUAUUAAUGGAGCAAAUGUACUAACUGUACUUUUAAAGGUCGAAAUUCCAGACAAUUGUGUUUGUUGAUUCAGUUUAUUCUUUUGUAUUGCAAAUUUACAUGUACUAAUAUUCAAAACAAUUCUAAAUAAGACAAAAGUACAGUAAAUAUGUACUUAGUGCCGCGUUUUAUAAACCGGCAAAGGACGGCAACUAUCUGUAUAAACAAAGCAAUUGGCGCACGCCUCGUAGAUAUUUCAACUGUACUAUGCAUCAUAUAUGUGUUUACGAUUUUAUAUUUACUGUCAAAAUAAAAGAUUUGUGUACUACCACAACAGCUUCUGAAAGAAAUAAUCUUGAAGUUUUAAUGUAUACUGAGUAAUAGUAUUAUAAAGAGUGUAUGUAUAGAAUUGUAGGUGUGUUCAAGUAACUGAUAGAGAUUUUCAUGUAAAUGAGGCAGAGCAGCGUCAUCAUUAACAGAUAUCAACCAUCGGUCAGUUGAUAUUGUUUGUCGUUAAGUUGAAGACGUUUUGUGCUCCUGACUUCACAAGCAGUUUUUACACAUAUUGAAAAUAAACAAAUUUUUUCAAUUGAUAUAUUUUAAAAAUUAUGAUUAAAUUUAUAUGGAACAGUUUUGUGUAUCACAUAUUUAUAGUUUGCAUUUGAAGUGUUUAACUUUCCCAUAACGCAUCGAAAUUCAAAAAUAAUGUGAAAAAUGGAAUUGUGAAUGUACAUGACAGCUAAUAGCUUUUAGAAAAAAUUCUUUUUAAUAUAAAAUAAUUUAUUUAUAAUACAAAAGUUUGCCGCAAACAAAAUGUUGGGUUUGCAAUGUAGUGCACCAAGAUCUGAAUUGAAAUUCUCAAAUGUCUAUAGGAAGGAAGCCGAAACCGCCAAUUUAAAAUCAACGAUAACAUCAUCAUCCGUUAUAAUUUCGAUCGAAGCCAAUGAGAGAACACCUCUAUUGGCGGAUCAAAAUAAAAAACGAAAAUCAUAUGGAAACAAACAAUAUGUACGACCAAAUAAAGAACCCAGCAGUUCUACCAGUAGAAAGAAUAUGAUAUGUAACUAUGAAGAGCCUUGGUUUCACAAUUUUCGAUUAGUUGCGUUCUGUCUUGCAGUAAUUUCAAGUAUCCUAAUAGCUAUAUAUCUAUUAAUUAUACAAACACGUUUACCAACAAUCGGUUUUUCACUGGAUUUAGUUAGUCGUGACAUCUGGAGCAAAUUAUCAAUGCCAUUGGGUAGUUUAUUGAAUCAUUCUAAUGUCGUUAACAUAAUGAUUGGUCACACUGGUGGUAAAAGCUGCUCAAAUCCAGAUAGCUGUACUCAGAUUUUGAAAGAAAUGCAGAAUAAAGUUAAUGUGAUAAAAAGUGAAAUGCCGUACAACUUUCUGAUUGGAGGAGAUGGUAUUACCUACGAGGUACGUGGCUGGGAUUAUGAAAGUGGUUAUGCUUCAGUACCACAAAAUUCCACUCUCGUGAUAGGGUUAAUUGGUUCGUAUACCAAUACUGCACCCAGCGCGCUACAAUUACAGUCAGCAUAUUCACUUAUUAAAGAAUCAAUUAGACGUAAAAAAUUGCAACGACAAUAUCAGAUCUAUGGUAUAAGAAAUUUAACGAUUUCGGAAACAGAUGGAGAAGCACUUUUUCGACAUACUGCGAAAUGGCCAAGGUUUGAUACGCUGCUCCAUAUUAAGUGAAAAAAAUUAACUUCCUGUAUCGCUUACCAUAUAUCAUAAAACCAAAGUCACCAAUAAAAAAUCGCUUUCACAAUUCAUAAAGAAUUUCGUUUGUAUUUUUGAAUUUUAUAUAGGAAGUAUAAA